ACGCGUGUUGUAUGUGGCAUGAAUAUGAUGUAUUACUCUGUGGUCAGUGGUCACUGUUUAGAAUGGAGAAGUUGCUAAUGUCCUCAAAGUCAUGACAGCAGAAAAAUGACAGGUGCCAGCAAUCCAUGCCCUCCUAAAUAGUUACACAAUAGAAAAGUAGCAAACUCUUUGCCUGAAUCUAAAUAUAUCCCUCCAACUUCAUUUCAUUUUCACUUAUCUUGUGUGUUUUAGCGCAUUAACAAUAUCUUCAUGUCUCAAAAUAAUGGCAAUCUACCUCUUUCGGGAUACAUACUGCAUAAAACCAUAACCUUAGUCCCUAAAAAGCUUCAUCCUUAAUAACAUAGAGUCUAUAUACUUGUUCUUCAACUCUAUAGUAUCUUGUGUUAAGGCAACUACUCCAAAUGGGUUGCUGUGUCAGCAGUAACAACAAACUUUCAACAAGAAAAGGCCAUGCAGAUGCAGCACCGGUGGUUGCUGAGCCACCAAAACCUGAACCAGAGGAAGAAACUGUUAAGCAAGUCCUCUCAUCAGAAACCCCCACAUGUAACAACAACAACAACCACCCAACACAACCACAAAACAAGGAAUAUGAGAUCAAGAAGGCAUCACCAUUACUCGUUAAGAAAGCAGAACAUCAAGAAGAAGAAGAAGAAGAAGAAAACUCGCAGGGGAAGGUCUCACAAGAAGUUUGCAGCUUGAUGAGUCAGAGUGACACCAUCUCCAUGUCCACAACCACAACCAUAUCCGAACUCAUCAGAGAAGAACAAACACGCAAAAGGGUCAUCAGAUCUCCCAACAAACUCCAAAAAAAUCGUUCCUUUUCCCGCGCUGACGUCACUGCCAAGACAAGAGACGCAAAGCUUCAUGCCUCCAACAACAAUAACGCUUCGGCCAGGCUGCAUGUUCAGUGCAGGGACCAAGCGGCAAGGAACCAGCCUCGCCGGCGAGACCUCGGCGAAACCUCUUUCCGGCGGUCAAGGUCGCUGGCGAUGAGUGUCGCAUCCGACAGUGCAGCAAAGCCCGUGAUGGGUCGGUGCCCGUCUGCGAGAAGAACAAAUAGGACACCUUUGACGGCUGCCGGAACCGUCACGUCGGAGAAGAACAGUUGCCGGAAAACGGAGGUUCCGGCGAGGGAGCGAAAAGGAGCAGGUUUUGCUAGUGAGACACUGGAGAAUCCACUUGUGUCAUUGGAAUGCUUCAUAUUCUUAUAACAGGCGGCGGGCGCCACCGUCAACCACCGUGAAAUGUCGGUAGUUGGGUUCGCUUAACUCCAAUGCAAUAAUAAUAGAUUAAUUUUCUGUACCACAGUAGUAGUAGUUUCUAGUUUGUUUCGAUGUUAGGAGUUAAGGCAGUUUGUCUGUAAAUAAUUGAAGUCAAAGUCAACUCAUGAAUGGUACCACAAACAUUAAUCAAUGAUCACCAACCACGUUUUUCUCUUUUGUUUCAGUGUCGGUCAGUUAAGUCCAACUAUGAUUUAUGCUAAACAAAUUAAUUAGAAUGAGUUAGUUUGACCUGUGUUGACUUGUGUUACAGUAUUGAGGGUGAAUAAUUGAUAUAUAUAAGGAAAGAAAGAUUGCAUUUCUGCCAAAUGUGAUUUAGGUCUGUACCAAAAUAUUCUUUACUCCAUUUCAUGGC